CCUCCAGUCUGCGUCCUCAGCUGUCAGAGGCUCCCCAACAACGAGGCUUCCAGUGACAUCCUCGAUCCCUACGUCCAGGUUGAGUUGUCUGGAGCACCAGGAGAUUCACAGGUCAAGAGGACGGUCACCAUACAGGACAACGGCUUCAACCCCGUGUUCGGAGGAGGAAGAGGAGAAGCGUUUGAGUUCGAGAUCCAGGAACGGGAGGUCGCCAUGCUCAAGAUCCUGGUCAUGGAUGAAGACAUUUCUACUUUCACUGUGGUUGGGCAGUGCUGCAUCCCGGUCACUUGCAUCAGACCUGGCUAUCGGCACGUCACGCUCUACGAUACUCACAAUGGAACCCUUCAUUACUCGGGAGUGCUCUGUAAAUUCAGCAUCGAAAAUAUCUGA